AUGCUUGAGUCUGGUGCUUCGCUGACUUCGCAGAUUUCCCCAGCACUCUUUGGCCGUCCAGUGAUCUGUGUUGGUUUUGCUGUCGGGUGGCGCGACCAUGUUACAUAUGCGACUGUUGCGGUCUCAACGCUACAGAAGUGGCAUGGAGGACUUUGUCGCAGCAUCGUUGGCAGCGGAGAUGCAGACUGGAAGCGCGGGGACGGCGUCAGGUCUCUGGCGAUCCAGUACGCGAGUCCGCGUCCUCCUCCGUCGAAGCUGCAAGCAAGAGAUCCUGGCGUGCAUUCUCCAUUCAGGUCAGCCACGGAGGUAGCCUUCUUAGGGGGCUCCGAAGCAGCCUGCUGCGAUCGGUCUCUGUUUAGGUUGCGUGCGCUAGCUGGGAGAGAGGAUCUAUUCCAGGAACUAUGGAAGCGCAGCACGGUCCUCGCAUUUGUUUUCGGGGUUGGACUGAGUGCGACAGUGCGGCUCAUGCCCCGUAACGUCUCAGCUCGGCUCUGGAAGCUUGUCAGUGAAGGCACUUACGUUGAGCACGCCGUUCUGCUGAGAGUUCUGGUCCUGUUGAAGGGCACAGGAAAUCCGCAGAAACCAUAUGGCGACCGGAGCUGCGCUGCAGCUUGGGGCGCAGCCAUGUCUUGCUGUGUAGCUCAAGAGCCCCAGCCGACAGCAGAAGACUUGAUCUCGCCGGUCGCCCUCAAUGUGAAGCGCCCCGCGGUUGCCAUUCUUCGCUGCGUGGCAUUUACUCUUGAAGUGGAGCAGAAGUCGGAGGCUCACGUGGAGCAGGAGCCUAAGGCUCAAGUGGAGCAGAAGUCGGAGGCUCAAGUGGAGCAGGAGCCUAAGGCUCAAGUGGAGCAGGAGACUAAGGCUCAAGUGAUGCAGGAGCGUAAGGCUCAAGUGGAGCAGAAGUCGGAGGCUCAAGUGGAGCAGAAGUCGGAGGCUAAGGAGAAAGACACCGUAACGGUGCCGGCCACGACGGAUCGUUCAUUGCUUAUUUGA